AUGGAGCAAGAGAAGAACAGCCUGAGCAGGGAGCUGAGUCCGGACCUGGCCCCGUACCGCUGUACGGCGUGCCAUGGGGACGAGGACUGGAGCCACAGCCACCCCAUCAGGGGCCGGGCCAAGUCCCGCAGCCUGUCUGCCUCCCCUGCCCUGGGGAGCACCAAGGAGUUCAGGAGGACCCGCUCCCUCCAUGGGCCAUGCCCGGUGACCACUUUUGGACCAAAGGCCUGUGUGCUACAGAACCCUCAGACCAUCAUGCACAUCCAAGACCCUGCAAGCCAGAGGCUGACGUGGAACAAGGCUCCGAAGAGUGUCCUUGUCAUCAAGAAGAUCCGUGAUGCCAGCCUGCUGCAGCCCUUCAAGGAGCUCUGUGUGUACCUCAUGGAGGAGAACAACAUGAUUGUGUACGUGGAAAAGAAAGUUCUGGAAGACCCCGCUAUUGUGAGUGAUGAGAACUUCGGACCAGUGAAGAAGAAAUUUUGCACUUUCAGAGAAGAUUACGAUGACAUUUCCAAUCAAAUUGACUUCAUUAUCUGCCUUGGGGGAGACGGGACACUGCUGUAUGCCUCCUCCCUCUUCCAGGGCAGUGUGCCCCCCGUCAUGGCCUUCCACCUGGGCUCCCUGGGCUUCCUGACCCCCUUCAACUUUGAGAACUUCCAGUCCCAAGUUACUCAGGUGAUAGAGGGGAAUGCAGCCAUCAUCCUCCGGAGCCGGCUCAAAGUGCGCGUCGUGAAGGAGCUCAGAGGGAAGAAGGCGGCAGCUCCGAAUGGGGUCAGAGAGAAUGGCACGCUGGCCCCGGACACCGAUGUCGGGAAGCAGGUCAUGCAGUACCAGGUCCUAAAUGAGGUGGUAAUUGACAGAGGCCCUUCCUCCUACCUCUCCAACGUGGACGUCUACCUGGACGGACACCUCAUCACCACAGUUCAGGGUGACGGAGUGAUCGUGUCUACCCCGACCGGAAGCACGGCAUAUGCAGCUGCAGCUGGAGCCUCCAUGAUCCACCCCAACGUGCCAGCCAUCAUGAUCACCCCCAUCUGCCCACACUCGCUGUCCUUCCGGCCCAUUGUGGUUCCUGCCGGAGUGGAGCUCAAGAUCACACUGUCCCCAGAGGCCAGGAACACCGCGUGGGUUUCCUUUGAUGGACGGAAAAGACAGGAGAUCCGCCAUGGGGACAGCAUCAGCAUCACCACCUCCUGCUACCCACUGCCCUCCAUCUGCGUCCAAGACCCUGUGAGCGACUGGUUUGAGAGCCUGGCCCAGUGUCUGCACUGGAAUGUACGGAAGAAGCAAACUCACUUCACAGAGGAGGAAGAGGAGGAGGUGGGCGGGGAGGGGCAGGGCUAG